AUGCUGAUCAACAUUACAGAUUUUCGUUGGUGUGAAAAUCUUUCAGACAUAGACUUAAUUGUACCACUACAUGGUAUAAGUGCAUCAAAUGUAGACACACUUAUUACAAGUCAAUAUGUUAAAGUUGUUAUCAAACCGUACAUUUUUGAAUGUGCGUUGUACAAACCGAUCAAUGUUGAAGAAAGUACUUUGAAACUAACAGAUGGUGCGGCUGAGUUUAACCUCAAGAAAUCUAGUGCUGAACUAUGGCAUCAAUUGACAUUGGAUGACAUGAAGGACAGAAGACGUUUGUUACAGAUUAAACAAAAUGCCAUACUUGAACAUCAAGAACGCGAAAUGAAACGCGCUAAAGCAAACAAAGACAUGAAUGUAAGGGGUGAAAAAUACGCAUUGGAACAGGUUAUGGAAUUAGAGAAUAUGUUUCGUGAAAAAAUUAGACUUGAAAAAGAGCACGCUAGCAAGCAAGCAAUAAGCGAGUUUGUAAAUGCCUUUAACCAAUCUAGCCAAAAAGAAAAUGAGCUGCAAAAUGAAAUUACAGAAGCCCGAAGAUUUGCUAAACAAUAUAUAAGAGAAACCAUUAACGAAGAAAACAACAUGGAAUUAAAUAAGAAUAUCCAACAACGUUUGGCAUUUGUUGAGAAACCAAUAGAUUUGCCAGUGAGGACUUCAUCUACAAUCGAAGUUAAAUUUACACCUAGAGUAUUUCCUACACCUGAACGAGAGUCUACAAAACAAGCUGAGGAUGAGUGGCUAACUAAACAAGCCGAAUAUAGAAGAAAACUAUUGGACCGUGUUGUACCUGAUGAUUUGUCCAGGAAUGAACUAGAUCCUAUAUGGUUACGCAAAAAGGGAGAUUCAUUAUUUCAAGCUGGAGAUUAUGAAGCUGCUGUCAUUGCUUAUACAGAAGCUAUAACACAAAAUCCUAAAUUACAUUCGGCUUAUUCAAAUAGAGCUGCAUGUCACUUACAAUUGCGGAAUUAUUUUAAGGCUCUGGAAGAUAGUUCGAUGGUACUAGAUCUUUGUGUACCGCCUGUAGCGCAAAAUUUAAAAUCACGUGUGCGUGCACAUAUUAGGCGUGGAGCAGCAUUUUGUAAUCUACAAUUAUACAAAGAAGGGCUUAUCGAAUACAGAGCUGCACAAAAACUUCAACCAGAUGAUGACACAAUUAGAAAGGACAUUGAAAAUUUAGAGAAAUUUGUAAAUCAAGAAUAA